GUGUGGGAUAGUCUCCCUGCGAGCUUGUUGGGGGAUGAUUGUUUCCUCAAAUGUAUUUUUUCCCCCCCUAAUGGAUUGGACAUCAUGAAUACUUCUUGAUCACAUGACCAGCCAGGAGUAUGGGAAAAUUCCAGUCCAAACUUGCUUCGAAACGCAGACAGAGUCCGGAGGGUGGUAGUUUGGCUUCCAAUGUGCAGACCUGUCAAACGGAGCUGGAGCGAUUCCAUAUCCACAAAACCAAACUGACAGAGAACUUGUAUGUAGAAGUGAGGAAAAACCAGUCUGACCUAAACGGCAACCUUAAAGUGGUUCUGCCACCAAAGAAGACACCUGACAGAGGUAAAAGCAACCACUUCCAGGUCAAUAAACAGACAAAGAAGAGGAACAGCCAUGCUGGUGUCAACGACUGUACCAUGGGGCUUGAUGAGGACACUCAGCAGGAGUGGGUGUUCACACUGUACAACUUCAACAGCAGUGGCAAUGUCAUCAAAGAGGACAUUUCCAGUCUGAUGCACUCCAUGUAUGAGGUUCUAGAGGCAUCAUUGGAGCAGCCGUGUGGUGGCACCGCACCCUUGAAGAUAAAGCUAGUUGUUACUGCGUCUGCUGACCCAGUAAAGACCUCACAAAUAGUUGAAAAGGAGCAGAGUGCGUCUCAGGAGCCAGGAACCCCUGUAAGAAGACUUUAUUGCAUGGAUGAAAACAUGGAGCGCAGGAACCACUACCUGGAUCUAGCUGGCAUUGAAAACUAUACCUCAAAGUUUGACAAUACAGAAUCUCCCUCUCAGGAGCCCAGAGAGGAUACUCCUCAGCAUCAUCCUGUGGUGAACAUAGAGAACUGCAUCUCCCCUGAGCCUCCUAGAGGCCUCUCUAACCCUCAUUUCCUGAAGCGUAAGGCCAUGUCGGUGGGGAAAGAUAGGAAUGCAGGACAGAGAAGGUCCUGCAGGCUACACGGCCAGCACCCGGCUUCAUGGUGCCAUCCUUCUUCGCCUCAACCUCAGGCACAGCGUACUCACAGCAGAAGGCUUCGCUCCAGGGCACUAGAGGCUUCCUCACACAUAAGACCCACACAAGGGGGAGACAGGGAACUUCCAACUUCCAACCUUCAGCCCUCCUGUGGGGCUCAGGCAUCUCCAGCCCAGAGACACCAACUCUUUUGGAGGUUUGGAGGUGAAAUGCCACUCAGUAGGUCCUUGAAUCACCUCAUUUAAAUUAUAUUCAGUGUGUGUUGGAAUCAGGUUAUGGCACUGUUAUCUAAUGCAAACAAACCCUAAACGAUUACCUACUGUAGAUCCAGAAAGGCCAGUUCAUUGUUAACUGAAUGCUACUUUUAUAGCCAUUUAGAUUGACAGGUUAAUCUCAGGUAGAUUUCCACUUAAGCUUCAAAUGUAUUUAAAUGCGCUCUUUGUAGAGCUACAUGUCUGCAUUUUAACCUAAAGCAUGACUUUUGUAUAUUAACAAUGUGUUUUUUUCUGUUUGGAUAAAAUAAUGUAGAAAUGGAAAUACAGAAUGUCUUUAAUGAAA